AACUGUUUAAAAGACAGGUUCGGAGGGGGACUAAAACAACAGAAGGUUCAGCAGAACACUGAGCAAAGCCUUUCCUGACGAUUUGCUUCCGAGCAUAACCUUCUUCAUCAUCCUCUGUUCCCCGAGACCCAGAAGAUGCUCUCAACGCGCGUCCAGUGCGCUCUAGCGCUGCUCUCCUUUGCUUUGGCCAUCAACAGUGUCUCUUCCGCGCCGUCCGACACCAAACUGCGCCAGUUGCUCCAACGGUCACUCACGGCACCAGCUGGCAAACAGGAACUUGCCAGGUAUACACUUGCAGAGCUGCUCUCAGAGCUUGCACAGGCAGAGAAUGAGGCUAUUGAGUCAGAAGACAUGUCUCGUAGUGUGGAUCAGGAGGAUGUACAUCUUGAGCUGGAGCGUGCAGCCAACCCACUACUAGCUCCGCGUGAACGCAAGGCUGGAUGCAAGAACUUCUUCUGGAAAACAUUUACGUCAUGUUAAUACAUGAGUCAUGUUAGGCCCUUACUGUGUGUACUACAUCUCAUCUCUUCUGUUACAGUAAUUAAUGUCCAAAUCCAAUGCAAGAUGUUCUAACCCAUUUCUCCACACAAUGUAAAUAAAAAUACUGUUUAAACU